GCCAACACUGUACGCAUCUGACUCCUUCUUUGUUUUCCUGAAUACAGUGCAAGUGGAAGACGACAAACGAGCCCAUACUUCGGAUUGCUUCUGACUCCUUUAAAUAUUGGACUGUUUGGUUGAUUUUGAUUGUUUCAUAAAUUUCUUCCUUCCUUAGUCUCCAUUGCUGUCUUCGAAGACAUUCCUUUUGCCACAAACGGGAAACGCCAGGAAAAACAUACUGACAAGACUAACAUUAUGUGGGGUGCUCUGAAAAAAGACUUUGGGGAAUUCGUCUCGGUGCGUAGGAUGUGUUGUGUGUAUUAGUGGGCGAGACGUGAAUCGAGAUUCGAUGAGAACGAAAGGUUCCACACGACUGAUUGCAAUUGAGUUGAAGUGCAUUUUAUUGAGUUGAAUUCUUAUCGACCGUGCUCGACCUUCAUUCCAUUCCAUCUGCCUUUAAUUCCUUUUCGCUCCAAUCCAUGUGUUGCCUUUCAGACCGUGGCAACGGAUGCGAACGAAACGCUCCAGGCCAUCGACCAGAAGAUGGACGAACCACUCGUUGGGCAACGAACCGAUGAUCAGGGCGGUGAUGAAGGUUACAUGGGGCAGGAAGCGUCCCCAAUCGAUCUCGAUACGGGAAUGGUCCUAGACCACGUCGUGGGCGACGUCGAGGAAGAGGACGGCGACGAGGUCUUUUCGUGGAAGUCCCCAGACGAGAAUCCCACCGCGGAAGAAAUGCGGGAUCAAUUGGUCCUCUGCGAAGAUGUCUUCAAGGAUUCGCUUGUGUCGGAAUCAGACGAAAGCACUAGCAAAGAAGAAGAAGAAGAAAAAGAAGAAGACAGAUCCGACAGCAAUGAGACGCCCCUGCUGGAAACCGUAGCAACCGCGACCAAGCCAUCCAACGACGACGCGGCUCGAAGCUUUCUCGAAGAGUUCGACGUGGCGUCCAAAACGGACGAAAUCUCUGCGUUGCUCGAAGAAAACGUGGCACUAAAGACAACUUUUUCCAUGGUAGCCACCGACCAGAGCGAGGUAACCUAUUCCGACUUCUGGACCCGGUAUUACUUCCGUAUCGCCGAUCCCGACCGCGUGGCCGAAACCUACGGAGUCUAUUACCGAAAGGAACUGGAGGCAUUUGAACAACGACGGGAAGAAGCCGAAGCCGCUGCUCGGGACGCCGCUGCCAACGACAACCUUGCCAGGGGAAUUUCCAAUGUGACCAACUUUUUCGGUGGUGUCGUGAACCGCCUGACCCAAGAAGACGACGAGGGUGGUGCCGACGAGGCCGGCGUCGACGAAAGCAUGGAUGUCGACGACGAAAGUGCUCCACAGACGUCCGGCCUCGGAGGGUUCUUUAACAGCGUCACGGGUGGAGGUGUCGGCCGCCCACCCUUUGUUUUGAAUACCGCCGUAAGCGACGACGAAUAUGAUGAUUAUCAAGCACCAGAAGAGGAAGACGACGAUGAUUCUGAGGUGGAACUAGGAUGGGACGACGACGACGAGGAUCUCGAGUCUGACGAUGACGACGAACAAAAUACCAGUGCCACCAUGCAAUUCAAGGACGGCGACGAUCUCAGCGAAACAGUAGAUUUUAAGGACGCCGAAAAGGAAGGCCUGCUGGAUCAGUUGGAACAGGCCAGGGCCGAACGGGAUGCCCUCCAGAAGACUGUCGCCAUGCAAACCGAGGAACUAAAGAAAGCGAGAACGGCCGACAUUGCCGCCAUUUCUCCUCCCGCUGCUGUUCUGGAGGGUGGAGACAAAGACGAGGAGGUCCAGAAACUGUCUAUACAGCUCUUUGAAAAGGACUCGGAACUGGCUGCUCUCAGAGCCAAGCUGGAGGACGACAAAAACGAAGCGAAGGAUCAACAGCAGCAGCAAGAAACGCUCGAGAAGUUGCUUCAAUCAAUCGCGGAAAAGGACGCGGAACUCGAAGCCCUCCGCAGGAGUACUGAUGAGCGUAUUGAAAUGCUGCAAAAUACAGUGGAUCAAAAAACCACCGAGCAGGAGCGAUUGCGAACAGAGUGGGACUCCGAGAAGGAGGCCCUUUUGUUGGAGAAAGAGGCGAACCGGCAAGACACUUCCGUGGUCACCGCUGAGAAGGCUGACGACGCGGAGAUGUUGGCACUGCGUUCUAAGAUCGCCGAGCAGGAACAGAAGAUCGAAGAGCUCGUUGCGUCCAAGGAUGCUGCCGAGAAGGCAAACAGCGUGGAAAUAGUGGCACUUCGGUCCAAGGUUGCCGAGCAGGAACAAAAAAUCGAAGAACUUGUCGAAUCGACAACCGCCCAGGAGGCAGACGGCGUGGAAAUGGCGUCACUGCGUUCCAAGGUCGCCGAGCAGGAACAGAAAAUCGAAGAUCUCGUUAUGUCCAAGGCGACCGCCCAGGAGGCAGACGGCGCGGAGAUGGCGGCACUACGGUCCAAAGUAGACGAGCAGGAAAAGAAAAUCGAAGAACUCGCUGCCUCCAAGGCGGCCGCCACCGAAGAGCUCCAACACCAAACCGAGCAGAGUGCCCAAGAGCAGGAAGCCUUGCGUACCACCCUCCAGUUGAAAAUCGAAGGCUUGGAACAAAGACUGUUGGUUGCUACGAAUCAGGAAGAAAGUGAUGUCGCCGCCAUGGAAGCUCUGAUUUCCGAAAAGGAAGCCACUAAUGUCAAACUCCAGACUGCCCUAGCGGAAUGCCAGAGCAAGCUGGCAAAGGUCACAGAAAGAAACUCCCAAGACCAAG